AUGUCUAUACUCUCUGGUUAUGUAACCUACUUAGGAUAUGGUAUGUUAACAUACAAGACACUCCAAUCUUUCUCUAAAAAUUAGAAACCUUAGGAAGAAAAUUAAGAAGGGUUAUAAACACCUGAAGAACAAGAGGAAAGAGAAAAUUAAAUUCUAAAUAUAGAUAUAUUAAAACGUUGGCUAAUUUUUAUAGCUUUCUUAUUGCUUGAACCAUUCUUAUUUGCGAUUGCUGAACUAGUUCCAUUCGGAUUGAGUAUUGUGCUGAUUAUGAAAUUACUAAUAAUAUAUCCUCAUGUUUUGAUACAUUUGUACCUUUACAAACUCUUGGAAAACUUAGAGUUAGACAAUUAUGCUGAAAAUAAAUUAUUUGUUUAUAUUAGCACAUUUUUGAAAGAAAUUAUCAUUUUUACUCUUGAUUUGAUUAGUGAGGCUGUCAAGUAUGUAAAUUUAGGGGAAUUAAACGAAAUCGAAUAACACAUCGAUAAGAUAAACAAGAAAAUAGGAUUUAAAGUAGAAGUGUGUGAAAAAAGGAAUUCUUUGCUUUCAGAUAAAAAAGAUAGACCUUAACAUUAUCAAAGUUGUUUUAGCUUCAGAAAGAGUGCUUUUUGA